AUGUUUCCAAGAAUAAAACCCGAACGCACCAGCCUGUUCGCUCUUGGCCUUAUUGCCUCGAGUUCCCUUGUCGCCGCAACUGGGCCUUGCGACAUCUACUCCUCCGGCGGAACACCCUGCGUUGCCGCGCACAGCACCACUCGUGCCCUUUAUGCUUCCUACAAUGGCGCGCUCUAUCAGGUUAAACGUGGAUCUGAUGGUGCUACAACCAACAUCUCGCCGCUUUCUGCUGGUGGAGUCGCCAAUGCGGCCUCCCAAGAUACCUUUUGCGCCAACACGACCUGCCUCAUCACGAUAAUCUACGACCAAUCUGGCCGCGGUAAUCAUCUUACCCAGGCUCCGCCCGGUGGUUUCCAUGGUCCUGACGUCAAUGGCUAUGACAACUUGGCUGGCGCAAUUGGUGCACCCGUCACAUUGAACGGUCAGAAGGCGUACGGUGUCUUCAUUUCACCCGGUACCGGCUACCGUAACAACGCCGUCAAGGGCACAGCUACCGGCGACGCAGCGGAGGGCAUGUAUGCGGUGCUCGAUGGAACCCAUUACAAUGGCCAAUGCUGCUUCGACUAUGGCAAUGCCGAGACCAGCAGCACCGAUACUGGUAAUGGUCACAUGGAGGCCAUCUAUUAUGGUGAUGCCACCUACUGGGGGAGUGGCUCCGGCAACGGGCCAUGGAUCAUGGCUGAUCUUGAGAACGGUCUGUUCUCUGGUGAGAGCACCGGUGUGAAUUCUGCUGACCCGUCGCUCUCUUACCGCUUCGUCACCGCGGUCGUCAAGGGAGAGCCAAACUUCUGGGCAAUUCGGGGUGGUAAUGCUGCAUCCGGCUCGUUGUCCACGUACUACAGUGGUGUACGCCCACAAGUAUCUGGCUAUUAUCCUAUGAGCAAAGAGGGUGCUAUCAUUCUCGGCAUUGGCGGUGAUAACAGCAACGGCGCCCAGGGCACAUUCUACGAAGGUGUCAUGACCUCCGGCUACCCUACGGACGCCACCGAAAAUUCAGUGCAGGCUAACAUCGUGGCUGCCAAAUACGCUACCACGUCGUUGACGAGCGGCAAAGCUCUCACCGUCGGCUCCGCGAUUUCGCUGCAUGUCACCACUGCUGGAUACACGACACGCUAUAUCGCACACAACAGCACCACCGUUAACACCCAGGUUGUUUCAUCGUCCAGCUCCACCACUCUCAAAGAGCAAGCCAGCUGGACUGUUCGCACCGGUCUUGGCAACAGUGCAUGCUUCUCGUUCGAGUCCGUUGACACCCCCGGCAGCUACAUCCGUCACUAUAACUUCGAGCUCUUGCUCAACGCCGACGAUGGCACCAAGCAGUUCCACGAAGAUGCUACAUUCUGCCCGCAGUCUGGCAUUAGCGGCACAGGCACCUCGCUUCGAAGCUGGAGCUAUCCCACCCGCUAUUUCCGACACUACGACAACGUGCUAUAUGCUGCCAGCAAUGGUGGCGUGCAUACAUUUGAUGCCACCGCUUCCUUCAACGCCGAUGUGACUUUCUUGGCCGAGACAGCCUUUGCUUGA